AUGCAUCGAGUGGGAAGAUGGUUGGACCGUGGUCGGUCUGCCGUCAAUGCCUCUACCCAGAGCCUGGAUUCCCUGGCCGAGUCCCAGAAUCUAGAAACUGCACUUCGUGCCGUUGAAUUGAUUAUGGACGAUGAUAUCGCGGGAGCAGAGAAGGGUCUUGCUGAAGGAAAUUCAUCUUUUCACAAACUUGCCAAAGGCACCCUGGGCUUCAUGAGAGCCACUCUCGGCUUCGAACAAGAAGUCAUGAAGGAGGCUUCCGACACUCUCUAUGAGGCGGAAUCAAGCGCCUCCGCCAGCUACUACAAAGCGCAACAUGAUAGUCGUGUGUUCAAUUCAAACAUCUAUGAUCGAGGUUCCGAGUUCGCUCUUUGUCAGGCGGAAUCCCAGAUCAUGUCUGCCGUCGUCGGCGUGCUCAAUGAGAGUCUGACAGAAUCGAUUAAAGGCUUCUAUAAGCUUAGAAAGGCCUAUAUCACUCUAGACAGCCUGAUUCAGAUGGAAAUCAAUUUUAUGAAGACUCGAGGUGUGAAAAGUCUAGCUAACUCAAGGGCACAGUCAACUGACAGUCUUCAUUCGCUUGCUUCACAAAAAUCGGCAAAAUCUAUCGAAGAAAAAUCAAAGGCCAUAGCACAAACAUCAGCACGGCAUCCUGUCCAGCCUGCCAAUCCAUCCGCCUUGAGGAAUACAGAAACAGCCGCAGAUCUAUCGGGCGAUGAUGAGGAUGACGAUGAUGUUUUCCAUGAGGCCAAAACCAUUCGUAACGAGAAUCCGGUUACCCAAGAAUAUACCGGACAUUUGGAAAAAUCCAUCGAAGCGGACGAUAUGACCGAUCUAGACCGGAAGAUCGAACACAUGAACCUGACACACCAUUCAGAAUCAUUACAGCCUGAAGGCCUUAUGAGACCUCCACCUCCCUCAACCCUCGGAAUGCUUACCGAGGACGCCGACUCGGAGAUCUUUGCGAACUCCCUCGAUGUAUUUAUUCACUCUGGCACCAACUUAAUGUCGGGUAUUCUAUCCUUACUCAUCUCGGUUAUUCCUCCCGCAUUUAAUAAGCUCCUAUACAUCAUUGGUUUUCGAGGCGAUCGCGAACGAGGUAUCCGUAUGCUGUGGCAAGCAAGUAAAUUCGCCAACAUCAAUGGCGGAAUGGCCGGACUGGUGCUUUUCGGCUGGUAUAAUGGGCUGGUGGGAUUUUGCGACAUCAUAUCUGACGCCAACCCUAAUGAUCCUAAUGAGGUUGAUGGUUAUCCAGCUCCACGUUUACAUGCUCUUCUACGGGAUAUGCGUCGGAGGUAUCCAAACAGUCGUCUUUGGCUGAUCGAAGAAGCAAGAAUGGCUGCAUCGAAGCGACAAGUCGAUACUGCUCUCGACCUGCUCUCGAAGUCUGGGAAAAGCCAAAUGAAACAGAUCGAAGCAUUGCAUAUGUUUGAGAAGAGUUUGAACGCUAUGUACGCACAUCGCUACAAACUUUGCGCCGAUUCUUUUCUCGCCUGUGUCGAUCUCAAUAGCUGGUCACAAGGCCUCUACUUCUACAUCGCAGGCGCGGCGCACCUCGCAACCUAUCGACACGACCAAUCACUUAGCGAGAGUCGACGAAAAGACCACGCACGCAUCGCCGAAGAAUACUUCAGAACUGCUCCAACGAAAGUUGGUAAGAAGAAAAUGAUGGGCCGUCAACUUCCCUUCGAUGGAUUUGUGGUACGCAAACUCGCGAAAUGGGACGACCGUGCGACACGUCUGAAUUGCAGUUUCGUGGACGCCAUCGGAGUCGAUCCGCUCGAGGAAAUGAUCUUCUUGUGGAAUGGGUAUAAGAAAAUGGACGAGCGACAUCUACAAGAGUCACUCGCAAACUUGGCAUGGUCAGAAGACCCGCAGAAAAAUCCACAUCCAUGGGAGAAAGAAGACCUUGACGAACGGUCCAUCCUCGCGCUCCUCCGGGCCGUCAUCCUACGCAAUCUUCGCCGUCAUGAAGAGUCCAAGGAAAUUCUUUUGCAGAAUAUCCUCAACCACGCACCCCACGAGUUCAAGGGCCACAAUCACGACGACUGGACCGCGCCGACCGCGCACCAUGAGAUGGCCGUCAACUUGUGGAUGCAGCGGUCUUCCUACGCGAAGCUUCACGGGACGACGUUCCAAAAUAGUGAUCCAUCGGGCGGAUCGAGUGGUGAGAACACAGGUCUGUCCUCAGCACCGGUUCAGCUCGAUCUUGCUGGUGAUGUCAAGCUUGUGCAGGAAUGUAAGGUGCAUUUGGAGAAGGCGAAGAACUGGGAAAAAUACGAGCUCGACGCAAGACUGGGUAUGAAAAUCACGGCCGCGAUGAAUGCUGUGAAGAACUGGGAGGAGAAAAAUAUCGGGACUGGUAGUGCUGCUACGUAA